AUGUCUACACAGUCACACUAUACACCUCAAGGAAUCCCAGCAGACGGCCAGUCAAUAGAGGACCUCGUCUCUCAGGAGAGACAAACAAUCACAGAACUACUCAUCCCCGAGGCACCGUCGACAACCGUCACAAGUGGUCUCGCCAACGCAGACCAUCUGAACCCCCCGGAUCUUGAUGUUCUCGCAUCAGCCCUUGGUGCUCCGGCCCGGCAAGUCCUGAGGCGUGCCCAGGAAUUGGGCCCCCGAACUGGGUGGAGGGAUGGGUAUCUGACUAGCACGCACGGCUUCUGCCCUCCAGAUCCUUCAGCAGCACCUGCCGCUCUCUCGAUGUCACCUGGAAGAAUAUGGUCGGAUCUCUGCGAAAGAAUGCCUGCAGUGGUCGCCCGGGGUAAAAUGCGCGAGUCGAUUCUGGCUUUGCCUCUUGUAUACGGUACAGAAGACGUCAUACCCGACCAAGCCCUCUGGGCCGCAGUUGUUUGUCUCGGUAUCCUUGCCAGCGUUUACAGAUAUGAAGAACGAAACGAUGGACACGAAGGAAUCAGCAUAACCGCACCACCCGGCACCUUUCGAAACCUGUCGGGCGAAGCAGACGAUGAAGAAGAGGAGACCAAAGGAAUACCCAGGAAUAUCGCCAUCCCUCUUCGCCAGAUAUGUACGAGGAUGGGCAGAGUUCUACCACAUUUGACCCAGUACGACGUCUCUGUAUACAACUACAAGCUUCGAGAUCCCACCAGCAUCAACCCGUAUGUUGCGAGAUGCGAAAACAUGGACCUACGGUGGCCUGUGUUCAAUGAUCGCGGUGAAGCUAUGUUCCUCUUGUGCAUGGCUGAGACCCAUGGAUGCUUCACCCAAGGCAUUGAGGUCAUCACAAGAUGUCAAGAACGAGUCAUGCUCAAGGAUAAAGAAGGACUACUUCGAGAGCUGAUCAAGCUGAAGGCUAUUGUGGACCGAUUCGUCAAUGUCUUCCAGAAGAUCAGCGUGAAUCCAAACUCCGGCGAAAAUUUCGCGAAUCCCGUCGAGUGGGGUCAAAGAUAUGCAAAGUUCAGCGCUCCCCUCUCCAAACGUGUUCCUGCGUUAUCCGGACUCGCAUUGCCAGUAUUCCUGUUGAUGGACGCCUUUAUCGGGAGAAGGAAAUACGAUAGCUUCCUUGGGAGAGAAGCCUUACAUCUUAGAGCUUGGCUACCCAUGAAUAUUCGAGCAUUCAUUGCUGCUGUUGAGUAUCAUUACCAGGUUCCUGCCUUCGUGAAAGAAUCUGGCGACCCACGCCUGAUGGGUGUGAUGGAAGGCAUCCUUGAGGCGUAUCUGUCCGAGCGUGGCUGGUUUGGAACACACCGCUAUAAAGUCUAUGGCUUCUUGGAAGUUGUUGCCAAAACUGGUCGGAGUGAGACGAACGGGAAUGCCGGUUCAUCCGACAAUGUUGGAAGACCUUGGGAAGAGGUGCACAAGACUCUUUCUGAAUCCAUGCGAGAACGCUUAGAGCCUUUCCGAGGUAAAGUCACGCUGCAACCCCACGAACUGCGAGGGUCUUUCGAAGAAUGCAGAUUCAAGGCAAGAAUUCUGUCGCGUUCCUUUGUGGACUCUGAUCCCCAGCGAUCAACGGCCAUGGUAACUUUCGGACUUGAAGGCACUGGCAUUACCUUCCAGCCCGGAGACCGACUUGCGAUUAUGCCAGUUAACAGCUGGACCGAGAUAGCAAAGAUCACCGCCGCUCUGGGGCUCGACGAGCUCCUUCACAGGUCAGUCCCGCUUUCAGCAAAUGCGGACUGGCAUCGCUUUGCUCGGCAUCUGAAAUCGGUCAAUCGAACAGACGGCGAACCCUCUCUGACGGUCCAAGAUAUUCUACGACGAGGACACUUGGCGCCCCUGACUAAAGAUGUAGUUAUGGCCUUCCAUAUGGCACUUCGAGCCUCAUCAUCGAGUGUGCUGAAAGUUCUGGGAUCGGAAAUGUGGCCAGUCGAAGGCUCCAUAGGAGACUUGCUUCAACUUGCAGUCGCAGAAGUUUCCUCGACGAUAUGGGACCGAGCAUUCAAUCUGUCCGAUCUUUCGUGGCUUCCGAAAUUAAUACCGAUCGAGGUGCCCCGGACCUAUAGCAUCUCCAACUUCUCAAACGAGCUGCUGCCGAGCACUGUUGAUCUGACUGUCGCUCGCACGGAGUCCCAGCUGGCGCCAAUACUACAGGCCACCGCCCCGUAUAAUCGGCGCCAUGGGGUGAGCAGCGGAUGCCUCAACCCAGAUCCUACCAUUUUUGGAGAGAUGCUUGAUGAUGAAGAGUACCUCAUUGGGAUUUCCAGGCCCAUCAAUUUUCAACUUCCAGUUACCAUGACUGGUCCCAUCGCCAUGUUUGCAGGUGGCUCAGGAAUUGCUCCUUUCAGAGGCUUCUGGCAAGCGAGAGCUCAAACCAGUGUCGGAAGGAACAUACUCUUCCUCGGGGUACAGUCACGGGAGCGAUUGUCCUACGAGCAUGAGCUUCGACAAUAUGUACAAAACGGCCAGAUUGAAGUCCACACUGCAUUUUCGAGGGACACAAAAGGUCUUGUUUAUGAUCCAGUGUCGCGCGACCUCGUUGAGAAACAGAUGAGUCCUCGGUACCUUGACGUCACGAUAAUUGAACAAGGGCGAACGGUCUGCGAUCUUGUCAUCUCAAAGAGUCAAGGAGGGCUCGGAGGCCAUCUCUACGUCUGUGGCUCCGUAUCGAUGUAUGAGACGAUCAUAUCGGGGAUUCGACAUGCCAUCUAUCAGAAUUGGGCGUCAACAAAAGAGACGGCGGACAGCUUGCUUGCCAAAGCAUUUGCGGAAAGACGCUUCAUGUUGGACAUUUUCAUGACACCACGUCCUAUCAGUUAUGCCACUCCACGGAUCCCUCUAUCCAAGCUGGCCCUGAAUACUGGCCACCGAAAAGGGUCUAGGAUGUUCAUCGGUGUUCAUGGUGGCGUUUACGACAUCACUGAUUUCCUUCCCAUCCAUCCUGGUGGUACCUUGAUUGCCCAAGCAAGUGCCGGCCUGGAUGCCUCAAAGACAUUUGACGAUGUGGCUCAUACUACAAACCCAGAGGUUAUGAGUCUACUGUCAAAAUAUUUCAUCGGUCACCUUGCCACAAAGCCUGAUUUCCGAUCUAUUGAGAUCAGUGGCAUUUAUGAUCUCUGGUAUCAAUACCUCCGCAGUUGUGUCGAAGCCCUUACCACGUUACAUUUCGAGGUGGACUACAUCCAGCAAGAUGCCCGGACCUGGUUUCAAGGCGACCUCUUCAACAUGGGAGGCGUGAGGAAGUUCUACCAAUUUCAGUCGAGGCUGAUGCAGAAUGGGUUUUCAACCUUGUUUGGCGCGAAGCUUCAAGAGCUGCAUCUCAAGCUCACCUUCGCGCUGGUCAACUCUGGCACACCCGAAACUCGAGUGCCGGAUGUCAUUGGUGUCAUCACCAGAGCACAGGCAUCUGCUGCCGCCGCCAAUGCAGCGAAGGAAAUCGCACAGAUCGGCUCCUUUGUCUGUAAUAACCAACAGGCCCAGUUCCAAGAAAACGGGAUUUUGCAAUACGCCCGUGCAGUGACUGAGUUGGAUGUCCGAUUUCUAGAAGAAAUUCGCGAGGAUGCUUGCAUGGGGAUGGAUGCCUUUGAUGUCGUCGCGUGCAUCGAGUCCGGUACAGAGAAGCACAGAUUGGUCAGUCUGAGUACUUACCUGCUUUCGGUCCUGGAACGUAUUGCUGAACGCCUCGGCACUUUCUACUCGAGGCUGUCGAGGGAGUCCAUCUAUCACCCGGAAUUGGAGAAGAACCCCGCGAGGACGCGAUGGAAUGUGCUAAAACGGAAGAUACACGAUGGAUCGUUCUUCAUCCUGGCUCAAGCUACAGCAUUUAGCGAGGCGACCCGUGCGACAAAACCGUUUCGCUCAACAAGAUACGCGGAUCAGGAUAUAAUAUUUGCUCAGGUUGUCUCGCAGGCCAGGCAAGCGAUUGACGCCGGUCAGGCUCGUCUCGGAGGAGGCUCAGGUCGCGACCCCAAACCAGAGAGCACGCGCCCAGCUCGCCUAGCCGACUCGCAUACUGCCAGAGCCGCGCAUGGUGUCGAUACCCCAUCGUCCUACGAGGUGCAUGAGUCGCGCAAUGCACUUCAAUCGAUCUCGACCUUUAUGGACUCGAACAUGCAAUCGAUCAAGCGACUAAGCCAGUUGCCUUCCGACCUAAGUUUUGCAAACAUUGUGGCUGCAUAUGGUGAUAAUGGGAAAAGGUUACCACCUGUGCCGUCUCUCAAGGACGAGCGUGAAGGGUCUCCAGGCCCAACAGAACACCAACGAGGAGACUCUCAGUCGAACUACGUCGGCAGCUGGCCCCUUCCGCUCACACUAGCUGCGAGGUCUGGAUCAAGGCGUCUGAACAAUUCCGGAGCAGACGAUAAACCACGACUAGCUAGGAGGCCAACAAACGCGUCCAUCUCCAGUGCCAGUGGACUUCCGCACAAUCCGGCACCCAGUGUCCAAAGCCAUGCAUCAUUUAUAGGCAGGCUAGUCCCCCGCGCCCCUGACGCUGCGCAAAAUUCCGCAAGGUACGGACCGUUGCUGCCGAAUUUGAAAAGUCGAAGUCGAUCUCAGUCUCGAAGCAGAAGCGGUUCUGAGAAUAGUGCGAGCCCCGUCCGGCCUAUGAAUGUCUCUGACAGGACCAUUGAAACACCUGUUGCAAUCUUACAUUCACAGCUCAUGCGACGGCAAAUGUCUAACACUUCAGAUCAAACCAGGAGUUUGACGGGGCAAGAGUCCACAUCUAGCGGUUUCCCGGCUCAGCAUCCGUUGUGGCAAAGCCCGGAAACAGCUGCCUUGCCAGCCAUCUCCCAAGGUGCUCCGCAUGUCACUAACGAGACACUCCUGAAGCAGAUGCAACAACAGAACGAGAUUAUAAUGAAAGCUCAAGCUUACGGCACACCCACUUCCGGCAACAUGGAUCCGACAUCAAAUGGACUGCGGGCUCUGAAAUUGGCGACAGCGCCAGCAAUGAGGACAAGACAAGCACGGAGUGACCGAUCUGGAACUUCUGAUCUUUCUCCAGGAAAUGCGAUGGGCAACUUCCGAGCACCACUCCCGCCGCUCAAUGUACGAUAG